AUGCUAUUCCCAUCUUCUGCGCAGGAGUCUCCCCGUGGCCUCCCCGACGCCAGUGACCUGUGCCUCGGACUGCAGUCUCUCAGCUUGCCAGGGUGGGACAGGCCAUGGAGCCACCAGGAUUCGGAUGCUGCAGCCCAGCCCAGCACGCAGUCUGUCCUUAACAUGCUCAGCAAUCCCCUGGGGAAGCCCCCCUUGGGUUUCUUGCCCCUGGACCCCAUCGGCUCCGAGCUGACGGACAAUCUUCCGACUCCGACUCUGAGGAACUCCCGUCUGGACAGUAGCCGCUCGCUUCUGUAUUCGCGCUCCAGUAGCCCCUCAGACUCCGACACCAGUGGAUUCAGCUCCGGUUCUGACCACCUUUCGGACUUAAUUUCCAGCCUCCGCAUCUCUCCACCUCUGCCGUUCCUGCCUAUGGGGGGCUUGACCAGGGACUCCAUCAGUGGAUCAGGAUCCCACCUCACCCAAGAUCAAGCUGCUUUAGCGGCUGUUACUUCCAGCCCAGCCAGCGCAUCUAAGCAGUGGCCGGGAACGUCGCCGUGGCCUUCUUGGAGCUUGUCGGACUCCCCGGAAGACCCGUUCAGCAUCGAAAGGGAAGCUCGGCUGCACAAGCAAGCAGCGGCCGUGAACGAAGCAACCUGCACAUGGAGCGGGCAGCUUCCACCCCGAAACUACAAGAAUCCCAUCUAUUCGUGUAAGGUGUUUCUAGGAGGCGUCCCCUGGGAUAUCACAGAAGCGGGUCUGGUCAGCACCUUCCGUGUGUUUGGCUCGCUGAGAGUGGAGUGGCCUGGUAAGGAUAGCAAGCAUCCCCGCUGCCCUCCCAAAGGUAAUAUGCCUAAAGGGUAUGCCUACCUGGUGUUUGAGUCUGAGAAAUCUGUCCGGGCUCUGCUGCAGAACUGCUCCCGGGACGUGCUGAGCCCCAGUGGUCUGAGUGAGUACUAUUUCAAGAUGUCCAGCCGCAGGAUGCGCUGCAAAGAGGUACAGGUAAUCCCCUGGGUCCUGGCAGACAGCAAUUUUGUCCGCAGCCCAACGCAGAGGCUUGAUCCCGGCAAAACCGUCUUUGUGGGAGCUCUUCACGGCAUGUUGAAUGCAGAGGCCUUAGCUGGAAUUCUGAACGACCUGUUCGGGGGCGUGGUGUAUGCGGGGAUCGACACAGACAAGCACAAGUAUCCGAUCGGAUCCGGACGGGUCACCUUCAACAAUCAGCGCAGCUACCUGAAGGCCGUGAGCGCCGCGUUCGUGGAGAUCAAAACAACCAAGUUUACGAAAAAGGUUCAGAUCGAUCCGUACCUGGAAGAUGCCAUGUGUCAAGUGUGCAGGUCUCAGCCAGGGCCCUUCUUCUGCAGAGAUCAGGUCUGCUUCAAGUACUUCUGUCGCUCUUGCUGGCACUGGAAACAUUCCAUGGAGAUCCUGCACCACCACCGCCCGCUGAUGCGCAACCAGAAGACCAGAGACUCCAGCUAGAG